UCAGCUCUGUGUGGCAGCCCUUAAGAUAACAGCAGAAUCUAUACCAGUAACAUUAUUAUAAUAUCAAACAGACAAGCAGAUGGAGUCUCGCUUUAAAGGCACCUUGUGGACAACACUCGUCCUCGUCACACUGCCGCACCUCAGCGGCCACAUGCUCUGCCCUGCCAGCUGCCUCUGUGGAUCCGACGGGGCGGUCCAGUGCGCCGGCAACACCAUCGCAGAUGUACCCGAGCUGCUGCCUGUCAACGUAUACCUACUGAAGCUCAAUGCGACAAACAUCACCGUCAUAGAUGAGCAGAGCUUGGCAAACAAGACGCUCCUGUUGCGUUUCAGUCUGACCUCCAGCCGCCUCCACACUAUCCAUCCAGGAGCCUUCCACGUUGCUCCACAGCUCAAGUCUGUCAAGCUGUCAUGCAACCAUCUCUCCACCCUCCCCGCUGGAGUCUUCAGUCCGCUGAAAACUCUGGAGCAGCUGCAUGUCGAUUCGAACCAGUUGGAGACCAUAGCUCCAGAUAUGUUUGAAGGACUGGGAGGGUUAAUCGAUCUUGACCUAAGCAGCAACAGACUGAGCAGUCUUGCUUCAGGUCUUUUCGAUGGACUUACCAACCUCACCAAGCUGAAUCUUUGCAAGAACUCCAUUAAGAAGUUUCCACCAACCAUCUUCCAUAACUUAACUAAUCUUUGCAUGCUCGCAAUCUGUUUUAAUGAACUAGAGGUGCUAGAAGCUGGGAUUUUUGAUGAUCUUGUCAACCUCGAGGAGCUAAAAAUGUAUCGGAAUAAGAUAACCAGCCUCCCACGUCACGUGUUCUGGGCUCUGAGGAACUUGAAGACCUUGAGCCUGUCCUUCAACCGACUUCAGGCGAUCCCGGAAAAAAGCUUCUACAACAUGCCCAAGCUGAUCAAGCUUAACAUUUACAACAAUCCGCUAUUAUCUCUACCAAAGCAGCUAAUGGGUCACAUGCCGGACAUGACAGAGUUCUAUCUGAGCGCCACCAAACUCACCACUGUUCCUGGAAACCUGUUUGCCAACAUGUCUGGACUGAGGAAGCUUAAAUUAAAUUAUAAUACACAGCUAAGGGAGUUGCCCUCAGACCUCUUCUGCUGCAAUCCCAAGCUGCAGACGCUCACGUUGACAUCCAACGACCUGCGCUAUCUACAUCCUGAGCUGUUCUCCAGACUCACCAAACUGAUGCAGCUGCUUAUUGAUCGCAACGAGCUGCAGAGCCUGCCGGAUAACAUCUUUCAGGGCGCUGUGAGUUUGGAGGAGCUUAAGAUGGGGGGCAACCCCUGGAACUGCGUUUGUAGUACUAUCGGCAAAUGGAUGAAACAGAAUCGUCUUGUGGUCGUUGAUCGAGAUGAUGUGAUAUGUCACAGCCCAGCGCACCGAGUGAACCAAACGCUUCUCUCCCUUCCGGACGAGGAGAUCGACUUCUGUGACGGUAGAAUAUUCACAUCGGCACAUUCUUCUACCAUUCCAACCAGCGGACCGACAACAACCGCUGCAUCACCAACCACACAAACAUCUGGCCACAUUCGAGCAGCCCCUCGGGGAGUCACCAUCCCAACAAACGCUCCAACGACAAAACCCGCUGCUUUAACCACAACGGUCCGACCAACCAGUUUCCAAUUUCCCACCAUCACCCUGCCUGACAACGGGUUCCUUGACAUCCCCGAGACCCCCUCGUCUCCGUGCUCGGCGCCUGCUUUCUAUGACACGUUGGUGGUUGAACAAGGGCCCGAGUUUGUUCACCACAGCCGUUUAAAGGGCCGGGUGUACUUGUGGUUUCUGCCCUCGGAUGCGGCUUUGACCGGGUUCCUCCUGUUCUGUUACAUCCUUCUUCUGGCCACGGGCGUGAUCCUCAUUGUUGCUGCCAUGUUUUGCAUGUAUCUCCUCAACAAGACCAUGGAUCAGCUGAAGUCUGAGAUCGACCAUCCUCCAGGGUUAAUGGACCCGUCCCUGACACUUGGUGUUCUCCUACUUCUAUGUUCCAUCGACGCCGUUGUUUGGGCGUGUCCGAGUGGAUGCAAAUGUAAGGAAACCAAAAUCCUCUGCAGUGGCCUCUCAGACUUUCCCACAUCUGUGCCCUCCUCUACCACAGAUCUUUACUUCUCCAGUUGCAGUAUCCAUUUCUUGAAACCAGAGGACUUGAAUGAUUUUUCUAAUGCCCUUAGAAUCCUUCUGAUUAAAGACACUGUUUUGAGGGAAGUGCUCACUGGCACAUUUAAUUCCACUCCGGACAUAAAUACCAUAGGGUUUACUGCCACUGAGCUGGAAGAUCUCCCUGAGACCGUGUUCCAAAAUCUACAGAAGCUUGAGACUCUGAAUCUGAACGGCAACAAGCUCCUCGUACUCCGCCCUGAGUGGUUUUCCCAGUUGGCAGCACUAAAAAAACUCGACCUCAGCAAGAACCUUUUCAAUUCUGUACCUGUGGACACUUUUCACCCGCUCACUGAGCUGAAGCACCUUUUCCUUUCGAGAAACAACAUUAGUCAGCUGCCUAGAGAGACAUUCAAUGGGCUCUCCAAGCUGAACAUCCUACGGCUAAAUAAAAACCUGUUAGAGGAACUCCCCCACGGCAGUUUGGAUGACCUUGGCAACCUAGAGGAACUAUCCCUAAACGACAAUCUCAUCACUCAUCUCCACCAUGACCUGUUCUCCAAGACUCUGAAACUCCAGAAGCUGUUCCUCUCCCGAAACCGGCUCACGACUUUCCCGCAAGGGAUCUUCUUAAACCUGCCCCUUCUUUCCCAGAUCUCCCUGUACGAAAACCAGUUGGAGAGCCUGGGACCAGGAGUGUUUGGGCCCAUGGCCCUGCAAGAGUUGUGGCUGUAUGACAACAGGCUGAGACGCCUGGAGGAUGGCCCCUUCGGGAACCUGACUCAGCUGCGUCUGCUGGUGCUCAGUCGCAACCAGAUCAGCUCUGUGUCCACUGGGGCGUUUCGAGGGUUGGAGCAGCUGGGAGAGAUAUCCCUUCACACCAAUCUGCUCACGACAGUGCAACCUAGGCUUUUCCAAGGUUUGCCAAAUCUGGUUAACAUUUCCUUGGAGCACAACUCCAUCAGCUCCCUACCGUCAGGUUUUCUUCAAGGCCUGAGCAGCCUGGGACAGAUAGACCUGCACAAUAACUCCUUUCCCAACCUGAAUCAGGAGAGUCUGGAUGCCCUCGCUAUAGCUAAGGAAGUUCUCCUGCAGCAGAACCCCUGGAGGUGCGACAGGGACAUCUUGCCACUGAGAGACUGGCUGAAAAAGCACACAUCAAAGAUCAACCAAACUCUUGUGGUCUGUGAGACACCGCUCAGUCUGAACGGUGAGAUAAUUGUUCAACUGGCAGAUGAGACCUUCCUGCCUCUCAGCCCCACAGAGAACCCCGCGUUGACCUCCACAGAGACGAGGAGAUCACCCCACACUCCUCCAGCUAGACAAAGCACUUCCUCACCAGCGGUCAAGACCACCCCCACAUCGGAACACGAGGAGGUCACCAGCGGAGCCCAGGGAGAGAAGGGAAAAACUUCUAAUGACACUUUGAUCGCCCUCAUCGCCAUUGCUGUAGUGGCCACUGUUAUCAUCAGCACCGUCAUCAUCAGCUGUUUGUGCUGGAGGAGAACGAAGAGAGGCAAGAGGAACAUAGGCCGCCGAAGUAAGAACUCUGUGCUGUAUUGCAGAAUAAUGCUUUUUAGCUUGUUUGUGUCUCCUCACUGCUGUAAUUACCGGGUCCAUCCUGGGACACAGAAUACGUGCAUAAUCAUGUCAAGAGGAGAAAUCGUUGUUCUUUGUCUGUGUUUACUGCUCAAGUCUUCAUUGACUCAAAACACACCAUGUGAAAAGGAAACAGACUGCCCCAAAGAAAACCAGGACGUCUUCAGUUCAUCUACAACAGAAAUCCCACGCCGCCUGAGACCGGCUGUAACCGAAGUUUUCUUUGUGGGCAGCAAGAUUAAAACAAUCCCCAAAGCAGCGUUUGUUGAAAACCCGCAGCUUGAAAAGGUGGAGUUCAUGAACACCGACACAACCUCCAUUCAGCCGGGAGCUUUUGACGGUUUGUCAGACCUCAAGCAUAUUGAGAUCUCCAGCACUCCUCUAACGUUGAUCCCGGUGGGAGUGUUCAAAGACCUCCCCAACCUGGAGAGGAUCAUACUGAAGCUGAACAUGCUGCGCAGGCUGGAGAACGGCCUGUUUGACAGUCUCGUAACAGUAAGAGAGUUGCAGUUACAUGGCAACGAGAUCGAAUCGAUUGAAGGCGGGACUUUUGAUAGUCUAGAGAACCUGUUGGUGCUCCAUUUGGCUAAAAACAAUCUGUCUGCCGUGUCCACCGACUGGUUCUCAAAACUAAACAAACUGCAGACGCUGCGGCUUUAUGAGAAUCAGCUGACCGCUGUUCCCGAUGACCUUUUUCUGAAUUUGCCAAAUUUGAAGGAAAUUGGCCUGCAAGGAAACCAAAUAGCAGACUUGUCACCUAAUCUUUUCCCACAUAAAGACAAACUAAAUAAGCUGCUUUUGGAUAGUAAUCUUCUGACUCAUUUACCGGAGGGAUUCUUCAUCGGUUUCCCUGUGCUUAAAGUGCUGACUCUACAGAAGAAUCAACUGACAAGUCUACCACCUGUGCUUUUUGGAGAAAUGCCUAAAAUGACAGAAUUAAGUCUGAGUCAAAAUAAUCUCAGCGCUCUUCCUAAAGGAAUAUUCAGCCCUCUGAAGAAACUCAAGAAAUUAGAUCUGUCUAAGAAUCGCUUGGUCACCUUGGACCAAGAGCACUUUGAAGGUCCUGAGAAGCUCAUUGACCUCAAUCUACAGUACAACAGGAUACAUUCGCUAGAUGCAGAUGUGUUUGGAAAGCUACAAUCAGUGGUUACACUCAAGCUGGCUCACAACCACCUGCGGACGCUUCCUGAGGACAUUUUUGAGCCCUUAAAAAAGCUGAAAAAGCUUUUUCUCAAUGACAACCCGUGGCACUGUGACUGCAGUCUGAUACCUCUUCACCUCUGGAUGAAAGCCAACUCGGAGAAGAUCGUGUCUUCUGUUGUCUGUGAGUAUCCAGAAAGUCUAAAAGGGCAGGAAAUCAAAUCGUUAUCUGAGGAACUUUUGUAUUGCCCCACUCCUUCCCCAACAACGACUACAAGAACUACAGCGGCACUCCCAACAACCGAACCAACAACCACCACCGCCACUACCACUGCUACACCCACCACCACUACCACACCCACCACCACACUUCCAACCACUUUGCCAACAACCACCACCGCGUUGACAACAACUCCUCCCACAACCACCACAACAACUUUACCUGAAACCACAUUGAUCAUAACUACACCUUCAACGACAAUGCCUACAACCACUAUGACCACAACUACACCUUCAACGACAAUGCCCACAACCACUAUGACUACACCUUCAACAACAAUGCCCACAACAACUAGGACCACAACUCCACCUUCAACAACAAUGCCCACAACCACCAUGACCACAACUGCACCUUCAACAACAAUGCUCACAACCACUAUGACCACAACUCCACCUUCAACAACAAUGCCCACAACCACUAUGACAACAACUCCACCUUCAACGACAAUGCCCACAACCACUAUGACCACAACUCCACCUUCAACAACAAUGCCCACAACCACUAUGACCACAACUACACCUUCAACAACAAUUCCCACAACCACCAUGACCACAACUCCACCUACAACAACAAUGCUCACAACUACUAUAACUACACCUUCAACAACAAUGCCCACAACUACUAUGACCACAACUCCACCUUCAACAACAAUGCCCACAACCACUUUGACCACAACUCCACCUUCAACAACAAUGCUCACAACCACUAUAACUACACCUUCAACAACAAUGCCCACAACCACUUUGACCACAACUCCACCUUCAACAACAUCGCCCACAACCACCCCCCUCAUAAUUACCCAACCAACGACCACCCAAAAGACAAGUCCUCCUCCACAAACCACUGCGGAGAUCUUUACCUGUCCUUUGGGGCCAGUGACUCAGGCGCCAUCAGUCUCCUUCAUGUAUCAGUACAGGAAGAGUGUUGAGGGCUGUAAAUCUCAGAUGAUGAUCUACACUGCGCUGCUGCUGGUGAUGGUUGUUUGCACCCUGUUGCUGGCUAGGUUCACCCUGUCUCUUUACAGCCUGCUGCAGCGCAGGGAGAGGACAAACCACUGGGUCAAACUCACCCGUUUCUCCUUCAGGAGGGAGGUCACCUUCAGGCCUCUACAAGAGGCAGAGACUGUAGGACUUUAAACAGCACUUUGGAGAAAUCUUCUUUGGCAUUCAACUUGCCAAAGCAUCCAUAGGCAUGAAGUUGAAACCCAUAUGGAAAAAAGCUGCAGUGUUUUCCCUACCAUUUCAAAAGGGGCGCCUUCCCACCCUGAAAUGACCCACACUGUAAAAAAAAGGUUUUACAAAAUGUAAAAUAAUGUUCAAAUAACUUAAUUCAAAUGAAAUGCAAAAAAACAUACAUUUACAGUAAUUUGCCGUAACAACUUAACAGAGAAAUACAUUCAUUUUAUAGAUUUUUCCUCUAGUAUUAUGAUGAAACACCAACGGUUUUGCAGUAAAACACAAUUAUUUUACAGAUCUGUCCUGUAGUUGCCAGUCAACUACAGGACAAUAUACAGUAUAUGUAUAUAUACACACAAUACCGUCUAUUAAAGAAGUUUCAUUGUAAUACUACAGGACAAAAUCUAUAAAAUGAAUGUGUUUCUCUGUAAAAUUGUUAUAGAAAAUGUCUGUAAAUUUCUGGUUUUCUCACUUUAUUUGAAUUAAGUUGUUUUACCUUAAUUUUACAGUUAUUGUUUGGCAGUUGGACUGUUAAUUUACAGAUAAUAUCUUUGUUUUAACAGAGUUUGUACAUCAUUUUAAAAAACAGAAAAAUUACCCUAAAAAUAGGAGUGCAGGUGAUUAGGAAGGUUCUAUAUAUAUAUC